AUGGCUGAAAAGAAUGAGGAUGUCAUUGCGCCGGCGCCGAGCCACAGCUCAGGAAGUAUUGGUGAGGCCAAAGCUGACCUUGAGAAUGACAACGAGGUGUUUAAGAAGGGGGAGGGAUAUGAGGAUUUCCGCACGGUGGGAUGGAUCCAGACGACUAUGAUUCUGUUGAAGAUCAUCUUCGCAACUGGUGUGCUUACUAUUCCCUCGGCCAUGUAUGUCCUCGGUGCUUUGCCUGGGGCCAUCAAUGUCAUCGGCUGGCAAGCUGUCAAUACUUGGGCUGCGUUGGUCCUUGGACAGUUUCGCAUGCGGCACCCAGGAUGCCAUUCGAUUGCUGAUAUGGGUCUGCUUGUUGGUGGGCCUAUCGUCAAGGAAAUCACCGGUAUUCUCUUCCUGGUUGCCUUUGUCAUUGUGGCUGCGUCGGGCAUUGUGGGUGUAUCAACUGCACUCAACGCGCUCUCCAACCACUCGCUGUGCACAAAUUACUUUUCCCUCAUUGCCACACUUAUGGUAGGCCUUUGUGCGAGUGUGAGGAAGUUUGAGAAGAUUGCCUGGAUCACCUGGGCUGGCUUUGUAUCAGUCUUUAUUGCCGUCUUCAUCGUCGUAGUUGGGGUAACGACCCGCGAUCGCCCUGCUGCAGCACCUCAAACCGGCCCUUAUGAUUUCGGAUACCAUGUGAUCGGCCAUCCAACGUUUGCAGCUGGCAUCACAGCCGCAAGCACGAUUUUCUGCUCUUCGGCAGCUACGUCUGCUUUCCUCCCCGUCAUGUCAGAAAUGCGCAAUCCCCGCCACUUUGGCAGGUCGGUAAUGACCUGCAUGACCUUUGUCGGUGCCGCCUAUCUAUCUUUCAGUUUGGUUGUAUACAAAUGGUGUGGUAAAUGGGUUGCUUCGCCGUCCCUGGGCAGUGCUGGACCUACCAUCAAAAAAGUGGCAUACGGCAUCGGUAUCAUCGGGCUGCUCGUCAGUGGCGCCCUAUACGUUCACAUUGGUGCCAAGUACAUUUUCGUCCGGAUUCUGCGCAAGUCCAGACAUCUGCAGUCCAACACGUUUGUCCAUUGGGGCACAUGGUUUGGAUGCGUAGGCGGCAUGACCAUUGUCAGCUUUCUGAUUGCCUCGGGAGUGCCAAUCUUCAACUAUCUACUCAGUCUUGCCGGAAGUCUUGCGUUUGCUCCCCUGGGAAUUGGUUAUCCGGGUUGGUUGUGGAUCUACGACCACCGCGACCACUGGAGAGGAUCAUUUCCGCAGAAGAUGAUGUACUUGUUGCACGUUGGAUUUAUCUGUCUCUCUGCAUUCUUGACUGUUGGAGGCACAUAUGGCGUGAUUGUUCAGAUCAAGGAGGCGUACAGAGAUGGUUCGAUUGAUAAAGCGUUUUCGUGCGCAGAUAACAGCAAUUCGGCCUAG